AUGCGCUUCAAGUGCCAGAUCAAGAAUGUGAACCUCUUUGCGAAGUUUUGUGCCUCCCUGGCCUCCCUCGGUCAAAUCGCCUGGUGUCGUUUGAAUGAUGAAGAUGUCCAGUUUACCAUUGUGCCCGAUAAAGGUAGUCAGGUAUGGUCGGUCCUGAAAAUCGAAACGGUGUUCGACAUUGAGAGCUAUAUUCUUCAGUCGGCUUCAGAGAAAAACACCAUCAACCUCGAAGUUCCCAUCCAAGCCCUUUCUCGGGCACUGAGGUCGGCGUACGGAGCAACAUCAACACAAAUUCGGUUGACCAAGAAAGACAAUGUGCCCAUGCUGUCUUUGACCAUCAUCACCAAUACAUUUAGCAGUGGAAACAAUGCCGUUGCAGUCCCGGCCGCCGCCACUGAAGGAGCCGUUCCAGACGAAUUCGACUUCAACGACGAUUUUGCUGCUCCAUCAAUGACACCCGCCAAUCGUGGUGGUCCUCGAGAAAGAGAAACAAUCAUUACACAAGAUAUCCCCGUGAAAGUCCUGUCAAUGGAAGUGGUCGAACGAAUCCACCAACCGCGUACUCAAGAGCCAGACGUCAACAUCUACCUUCCACCAUUGGCCCAAGUAAAGACCAUUUCCGAGCGAUUUACCCGCCUUGCUAUAGCUACUUCCAAGUCCUCUUCAUCCACUAGCCCUCGCCUCGAACUCAGUGCCAACAUGCAUGGCUCUCUAAAAAUAUCACUCAAGACCGACGCUCUAAAUAUCACAAGCCGCUGGACAGGCCUCACCAACCCAGAACUUGAUCCUGCACAAUUUCAAGACGGACUAGAAGGUGUACGAAACCACCCGAGUACCAAGAUGAAGGAGCUCGCCGGCCCCAAUGGUGAAAAUGAAGCCGGUUGGUCCAAAGUGAGAAUUGAUGCCAAAGACUGGUCCCGAGUCCUCAGUGUUGGGAGGGUCAGUGCUCGAGUCAUUGCAUGCUUCAUCAACGAUGGUGGUCUGGUCAUGUAUGUCUACUUACCCAACGAUGAAAAUGGCAGUGAGGAUGAGUCGUGUUUAACGGUAAGCCUGGGAUCCCUCACUUGUGAUCCAUGA